AUGGUGCCGGGCGAGGCUCCACCGCCCUCCCCGGAGUCGCCGCGGAGCAGCGUCGCCGCCGAGGCCGUCGCCGCCAGGAAGCAGCGCGCCUUCGCCCGGAGGAAGGCCUUUUCCCUGUUUGUCAAGGCGAAAGAGGUGCCGGCCGCUACCCGGUGUCCCGCCGGAGGAGAGGGCGUGCGGUGGCGGUGCUGCCGGCAAGCCUUCGAAGAGCUCUCUGGCAUUCACAGACAUGUGGCCUUGCAGCACGCCGCAGACAUCGGGCAGCAGGCAGGAAUAGCUGCACCGCAGACUGCUGCUGAAGAGAGCUCCUCCAGCAACCCGGCCCCUGCAGGCAAGGCAGGUGGGCUUAAUGGGCACUUCUGCAGCAGUCCUGAGAUCUCCUGUACGCUCCCAGACACAAGCCACAUUAGCUAUGAUGAUCUCACAAGCAAGGUGGGAGAAGUACUUCUGUAUUACUGUUACUGCGAGGUGAAGGACCCAGAGGAACUCUGUGCUUGGCAAAAGGCUCUGUGCCAGCAUCUACAUCUCACUGGCAAGGUACGAGUUGCCUCAGAAGGAAUUAAUGGGACAGUUGGUGGAAGCAAAGUAGCUACCAAACUCUACAUUGAAGUUAUGCUUUCCCAGCCUCUAUUCAAAGACAUUUUGUGUCAAGAUGAUUUUAAGAGCAGUGCAGGAGGAUCUCACUGCUUCCCAGACCUUCGAGUUGGAGUAUUCAAAGAAAUUGUACCUAUGGGCAUUGAUCCAAAGAUAGUGUCUUACAAAGAAACUGGAAUCCAUUUAUCCCCUCAGGAAUUUCAUAGAGAAGUAGAGCAGUACUUGUCUCAGGCCAGUCAAGGACAAAGUGAUACCAUCUUGCUGGACUGUAGGAACUUCUAUGAAAGUAAAAUAGGCCAUUUCCAGGGUUGCCUGGCUCCAGAUAUCAGGAAGUUCAGCUAUUUUCCCAGCUAUGUGGAUGAAAACCUGGAGCUUUUUAAAGACAAGCGUGUCCUCAUGUACUGCACAGGAGGGAUUCGCUGCGAGAGAGGCUCCGCUUACCUGCGGAGCAAGGCAGUGUGCAGAGAGGUUUACCAGCUAAAAGGUGGAAUUCACAAGUACCUGGAAGAGUUUCCAGAUGGAUUCUACAGGGGGAAGCUGUUUGUAUUUGAUGAUCGUUACACCAUUUGUUCCAAUGAAGAUAUCAUCUCAGCAUGCAGGUACUGUGGGACGCUGUGGGACCAAUACAAACUCUGUUCCAGCCAGCACUGCCGGCAGCUCGUUCUGACGUGUCCAAGCUGUCGCAGCAAAGGUCUCACAGCUUGUUGUCCUGUUUGUCAAGAGAAGGAGCUCCAGGUGACUUCAAAGGCUUCAGGGCAGACACUGAAGGAGGAAUGUGAGUGUACCAGGAGGCGGUCAAGGGUACCCAUUGAAGAUGUCUCACGAAGGACGCUGGAUGCAGGGAAGGAUUAA